CACAUGAUCAUGCACCCAUACACUCUUAUUCCCCCCACACACAGACACACACACACAGAGACAUAGAGCAAAGCGGCGCCCGUGUCUCCAUGGAAGUGGAAGUCACUUUAUUAUAACUCGCUCUUUUUUUUUUUUUUCCAUCUGACGGUAAAUUAGCGGUAAACAGAGAAUUGCUUUUUUUUGUUUUUGUUUUGUUUUGUUUUGUUUUUUGGUUGUUGUUUUCCCGCCCUCCCCUCCCAUAACACAACAAGAGAGCACGAGAAAAAGAGUUGAGCAACUGCGAGAAGUGCCGAGAAAGUUGACAGCCAGGUGAGCAUGGCGGCCCUCAUCAGCACCUUCUCGUCGUGGCCCGAGAGCUUCGAGGGCUCCUCCCCUGGCAGCGGCGGCGGAGGCGGCGGCGGCGCGGAGCUGCUCGAGAGCGCGGCCGCGCACGGCAGCAGGAGCGCGGGGGAGCGCAGCGCGGAGCCGCGCAUCCGCAGACCCAUGAACGCGUUCAUGGUGUGGGCCAAGGACGAGCGCAAGCGGCUGGCCGUGCAGAACCCGGACCUGCACAACGCGGAGCUCAGCAAGAUGCUCGGUAAGUCGUGGAAGGCCUUGACCCCUCCCCAGAAGAGGCCCUACGUGGAGGAGGCCGAGCGCCUCCGGGUCCAGCACAUGCAGGACUAUCCCAACUACAAGUACCGGCCGCGCAGAAAGAAGCAGCUGAAACGUAUCUGCAAGCGCGUGGACCCCGGCUUCCUGCUCACCGGCCUGGCCCCCGAUCAGAACGCGCUCCCCGACGCCCGCGGCUGCUGCCGCUCGCUGGACAAGGACGACGAGGCCAGCUACUCCCCCGGCCUCCCCGCCAUCCGGACCUUCAGGGACGCGCCCGGCUCCGGCGCCGGCUUUGACACCUACCCCUACGGCCUGCCCACGCCGCCGGAGAUGUCGCCGCUGGACGCCGUGGAGCACGAACACCCCUCGUUCUACAGCUCCCCGGCUUCAUCCGCCUCCUGCCCCGACGACCGCCGACCGACCCCUCCCCACAUGGGCAGCCCGCCCCCCUACCACCCCGACUUCUCCCGCCCGUCUCUUCACUGCGGCGGGCCCCACGCUGGCCACAUGGCCAUGCCUCAGAGUGGCGCGCCGCUCAUGUCCGCCCCGCCUCUCUCGUACUACGGCGCCCCGUUUGCGCCUGUCCAGCACGGGCUCCAAGGCCACCUGGGCCAGCUUUCGCCCCCGCCGGAGCACAGCAACCUGGAGACCCUGGAUCAGCUCAGCCAGGCUGAGCUGCUGGAGGAGGUGGACAGGAACGAGUUCGACCAGUACCUGAACUCCACCGGGCGUCCGGAGCAAGGCGGCAUGACGGUCGCAGGACACAUCCAGGUGACUGCGGCCUCCACGUCGUGUACCGGCAGCGCCACGGAGACCAGCCUCAUCUCGGUGCUGGCAGACGCCACGGCUGCUUACUACAACAACUACAGCCUCUCCUAAAGCCUCUCUGGCUGACGGCUUCACGGAGAAACGGCUCCUGGGCGGCCGUGAGAACAACGCAGAGUCACUGGCGGAAAGCACAGAUGGGGGAAAAACAACGAGCUUGGGCAUCAAGGAAUUAUUUAUGGACACCUCAGGGAUGCACAGAUAGAACAGUGAUGUCUUUCAGUCUCAUACUCUUACAGAAAGGUGAUGUGAAGGACCAACGGCCUCCUGUUAAAUUUCUUUGCCUGCUGUCCGUUCGGCAUGUACAGAUGCUUUUUCAGCUUAUUUAAAUAUUUCGGUGUCCCGCAUAGUCCCUUAAUCUAUUCUUUCGGUUUUUGUUAAAAUAUGUAUGACUUUUUAUUCUGUCACUAAUCUGGGAGUUUUACCUCAACACUGUUCUUAAAUAGUGCUGGAACCUUCUUAUGCAAAUGUCUCAAAUGAUUGAAAUUGUCCAUACUGGGUCCGAAUGGGUGUACUAUGAAGAAAAAUAAGCUCCCUGCUUUCACUGUGUUUUUAAAUAUUUACUCAUGAUAAUGAUGAUGAUUAUGAUAGUUAUUAUAACUGAGUGCUGAUUUUGAAACUAAAUUAAUUUAAAUACAAAACAAGUGCUUUUUAGAGAGAAACACCAAUGAUAUGUAAUUAAAUGCGUCCGUACACUCGCAGAGCAACAUCGAUAUGUCAGUGGCUGGAGGUGAGCUCUAAAAAAAACACCACACUGUAUAUUUUAUUAAAGUAAGCUGUUCCCUUUUGUAAUCUCAUAUCAAAUACCAUUGUGUAAAUACACUGCACCACACUGCAAACAUACCAACGUUCUGUAAUGUGAACUCGGACAGAUGAAAAUUAUGUAUUGUGGAUGCUCUUUGUAUUCUGUGAGAUCUGUAAUAGAAUGCUGUCCCACUCGAAAAAGAUCAGUGGUAAUAAAGCAACGAAAUAAAUAUAAUCAGA